AUGUUGGUGCGUCGGCCAUCACUGCUGCUCGGCGCCGUGCGCUGCAUGUCCUCGCGCCAGCUGCGCGUUCCCGGCGCUCAAUCGCUCGUGGGGGCUGUGGCUCGCCUACCGUGUUUGCAGUGUGGCAGCCAAACGGCUCUGUCGCUCUCGCGCUCCUCCGACAUUAUCGACGUGCUGGCUGAGCGCGUGGACUGCGGCCGGACGCAGCUGCCACUCGCCUGCUCCGAGGCAUGUGCAGACACGCUGCAAGAGACCAAGGCCGAAGUGCUGGAGCUGUACGACAGCAUGAUCGAUGACGUCGAGUACUCAGCGACUCCCGAAGCUUCUAAUCUCUUCGUUAAAGUACUGCAGCCAAGUCGACGUGAGAGCAACAAAUGGGAAGGUGACAGACAUCCGACGUCGUGGACGGACUACUUGAAGCUCUACCAUCCUCACGAACGCUGGCUGGACGAUGUGAGGGCUUUGAGACUGCUAUCGUCGGCCUAUUCGUACGUCAUGACGCUCAGCAGGUUCCUCCCGGAACUAAUGGACCAGUACCAGAUGGACACCGCAGCGAAAUUUGAGCUCCAUGUGGUCGGAGCUCGCGCAGAAGCGAUGAUGCCUCGUUAUCUUUGGGACGAGCUGUCGUUCUUCCAUCCAGGACAACAGUUUGGUAUAAAGUUGAUCGGAGAUCAUGUGCCGGUGAUGUCGACCCGCAAGAAAACACCCACGACCAGAGAGAACGAAAACGAGUUCAUCCAGUUGGAAAUGAUCAAUGGGUUAUACCACGAAGUCGAUGCAAAGAAGCUGGGAUCUCCUGACGCCUUUGUGCUGUAUAAUCCGGGAAUCGGUCAUCCUCAUCUUCGUGAAAGUUGGGAACCCACUAUGCAAACCGUGCUGGCAUUGGGCAAGCCUGUACUCAUGACGUCGUUCAGUCUGGAGGACCAGCAACGUGACAUUGCUGCAUUACAAGACAUGGUUACUAACAACCCAGUGUUGAAGAAUUUUGAGCUACACUUCCGAUGUAGAGCGAAGCAGAACUCAUUCCGUAGCUUGAAGUAUCAGGUUGAUCCUUCCAAUGUCGGCACACCUAUCCAGACCAACAACCGCGUAAUGGUGGUGCAACUUGUCCCGAUCAACGAGGAGAAAUUCUAG